CGAAUAGGUCAUUCCCCAUUCAUAACAAACUCCAUAAACUUCACCCAAAGCAUCAGGAUCACUGUUCUCCAGAACAAUAAGUAAGAAAACCACAUCAGGCAACUACAAUGCUAUCACAUUCUGAGAUGGUCAAAGAGAGGAAGCAGCAAGCAUCCGCCAUCAUGAAGGAAAUCCAGAGAAAUGAAUCCCCUGGAAUGGACCUUGGAAAAAAGGUCAGCAUCCCCAGAGAUAUCAUGCUGGAAGAAUUGUCUCUGCUUAGUAAUCGAGGAGCAAGGCUAUUCAAGAUGCGUCAAAGGAGGUCUGACAAGUACACAUACGAAAACCUUCACUUUUUAUCCAGCAAGCCAAGAAAUCGAAAUGAGGUCAUACAAUGUGUUCAACUGGAUGUUAGUGGCAUGGAAGAUGGACAGCAGCAUGCACCAACCACACCUCCUAAUACACCUGAUCCAAGGAGUCCACCAAACCCUGAAAACAUUGCCCCAGGAUAUUCCGGACCACUGAAGACAAUUCCUCCAGAGAGGUUCAACACUACAUCUGUGCCAAAGUACUAUCAGUCACCUUGGAUAGAAGCCAUCAGCAAUGAUCCCGAGCUGUUGGAGGCUUUAUACCCUAAACUGUUUAAGCCAGAAGCCAGGCCAGAUCUGCCUAACUUUAAGAGCUUUAACAGAGUUGCCAUUCCGUUUGGUGGUUUUGAGAGAGCAUCGAAACUAGUUAAGUUCAAGGUACCAGAUUUCAACUUUCUGCUGCUAAAUGAUCCACGAUUCAUGGUCCUUGCCAAUCCUCUUUCAACCAGGCGGUCCUUCAACAGGACUCCUAAAGGAUGGACUUCUGAGAAUAUUCCUAUAAUGAUAACUAUACAGCCGACAGAGGCCAAUGGUGUUCCAGAAACAGACGACCUGUGAAAAGAAAGUAGUGUGUGCAUCACACAUCAGAAUCAGUAUGGCAGUAUUCUGAUCUUUUAACAUGCUCUACUUCUGUUCCAACAUCCUAUCUUAUGUAACUCAAAUGUAACAUCUGAUGCUGUAACUGUUUUCUGAAGUUUUAAUUUUCUUCU